AUGCAAGGCAGCGCAGUUUCCAAAAUAGAGAAGGACGCUGUUGAGGACACCGAGCAGGAAGAGGAUAAAAAGAAGGAAAAAGACUUUUUGAAGCUCUUUGAGUUUGUGUGCGUGGGAGAUCUGCAGAGCCUGCGGAAUUCGCUGUGUGUGUAUGAGAUAAGCCACGGAAAGGUCUUUGACCUUAAGAUUGCAAACAAGUACGGGAUGUAUCUCAUACACUCUGCUGCGUACUACGGGCAGAAAGAGGUGAUUGAGUUUCUUCUAUUUUCUGUGAGCGAGGUGGAGGAGAAAGACGCCACUCUGUUUGAAGCCAUUACGUCAGACAACAUUUCCUUUGAAAGCGCAGACACGGAUAACAUGUCGGUUAGCUCUUCUGUCAACUCCUGCAUUGUUCCUGUGGUGUUUGGGCAUGCAAAGCCAAGCAGCAGCUUUAUUAACAUCCGGUCGCUGGACAAUGGAGCCACGCCCUUGCACUUUGCCGCGCUAGGCGGGAACAGGAACAACAUAAUACUGUAUCUGCUGUCGUAUGGUGCAGACCCCCGGCUGAGGGACGCAAAGGGCCUAACCCCGCAGGAGCUGGCAAGGGCGCACGGCCACAAAAAAACAGAAAAGACAAUCAGCAAGUAUGUGCAAAAAAUAAACCAGCGAAUGGAGGAAAGGCCCCCCAAGAUACAUUAG